CUGUUCUUUUCCUCUCUCCCUCUCGCGCGCGCUCUCCUAUCUCUGCUGUCCUUCUGUUAACCUACGCACUCUUGGCUCACAUUAUUCUCCGUCACCAGUAGUUCAACGUCAGUAAACCCCCGAUACUUUUCCCCCUCUCUUUUCUCUUCACCUUGAUGGCUUCAAUCGCCUCCAUUCAAUCGGGUAGAUUUCGGGUCCUCAAAGAAGGCUCGAGAACGUCCGAUCAGGCAAUGGGACCCGUUGUGUACUGGAUGUUCAGGGAUCAACGGUUGAAAGACAACUGGGCGUUGAUACACGCUGUUGAUCAGGCAAACAAGGCGAACGUGCCCGUCGCCAUUGCGUUUAAUCUGUUCGAUCAGUUUUUGGGUGCGAAAGCUAGGCAGUUAGGGUUUAUGUUAAGGGGUUUGCGUCAGCUUCAUCGCAGUAUCACAGAGACACUUCAAAUUCCUUUCAUUUUAUUCCAGGGAAAAGCUGAAGAUACUAUACCGAAUUUCCUCAGAGAAUGUGGAGCUUCACUUCUAGUUACUGAUUUCUCACCUCUGCAAGAAAUUCGGAGAUGUAAAGAGCAAAUUUGCAAGAAGGUGACUGAUUCAGUAGUCAUUCAUGAAGUUGAUGCCCAUAAUAUUGUGCCUGUUUGGGUGGCUUCAGACAAGUUGGAGUACAGUGCUAAAACAAUAAGGGGCAAGAUAAAUAAACUGCUCCCUGAGUACCUCAUUGAUUUCCCCACGCUGCAAUCACCAAAUAGAGAAUGGGCAUUGAAAGAUAGGGUGAUUGAUUGGGAUGGACUGAUUGAUGAUGUUUUAAGGAAAGGGGCUGAAGUUCCUGAAAUUGAAUGGUGCGAACCAGGAGAAGACGCUGCUCGGGAAGUACUAAUGGGAGGUAAAAAUGGUUUCUUGACCAAGAGGUUAAAGAAUUAUUCUGCUGAUCGAAAUAAUCCACUUAAACCAAAAGCUCUUUCUGGUCUUUCUCCAUACCUGCAUUUUGGACAGAUAUCAGCACAACGAUGUGCCUUAAAGGCACAGAGAGUCCGCAAACUUUGUCCUCAGGCAGUUGAUACAUUCUUGGAAGAGUUGAUUGUCCGCCGAGAACUUGCUGAUAACUUUUGCUUCUAUCAGCCUCAUUACGAUUCACUGAAAGGUGCAUGGGGAUGGGCUCAGACAACCUUGCUGAACCAUGCUUCUGAUAAGCGAGAGCAAAUCUACACGAGAGAGCAAUUUGAGAAGGCACAAACAGCAGAUCCUCUCUGGAAUGCUGCGCAGCUGGAAAUGGUUUACUGUGGGAAGAUGCAUGGUUUCAUGAGGAUGUAUUGGGCAAAGAAGAUUCUCGAGUGGACAAGAGAACCAGAAGAAGCUCUUUCAAUAUCCAUUUAUCUAAAUGACAAGUAUGAGAUAGAUGGGAGAGACCCAAGUGGAUAUGUUGGUUGCAUGUGGUCUAUCUGCGGCGUCCACGACCAGGGAUGGAAAGAGCGUCCAGUUUUUGGGAAGAUACGCUACAUGAACUACGCAGGGUGCAAGAGGAAAUUUGACGUGGAUGGAUACAUUGCCUAUGUGAAAGGGCUAAAAAAAGUCAAGAGAAAAGCUGAUGACAUGCUCAGCCCAAAAGCAAAGGAACUUCACAGUUGAAAAUUUCAGCUCCUGUACCACAUGCUACCAUUGCGGCUGGAUUCAAGUCAAGGCAUUAUACUUCCCAGAUUCUACUCUGAAAAAGAAACGGCCAAAACUUGAGUAAGGGAAUUGGCACGGCAGUGAUUUACACAAUGGAAAGAAAAAAUAUUGCAAUCAGCCGGGGUAUUACUUUAACCUCGACAAGAUGCAUGUGUCGAAUUACAUCAAACAUUAAUGUAACAAACCAGCUAUCAGAAUGCUGAUACUUUCGGAACUUAAGGUUCAAUGGAUUGUUCUUCCUA